UGUAGAGAACCACCAAAGAAAAGGACAAAGACAACCAAAACAGCUGAGUUAUCCAUUGUGCCUUGCGAAGAUGGAGUACCAACAAGAAUGUGUUUUCCCCCAAGCAAAAGCUUGGAAACUACAACCAAAAAAAGGGGGAAACAUGCUAACUCUAGUGCUGGAGCAUCAAAAAGCAAAAGCUUGAAGAAUACAAACAAAAAGGGAAAAGGGGGGAAAUCUGAAUCGGUUCGAUCGAAGAGAUCAAGAACCGGCUCAAAACAUCCGGAGCCAAUUUCCAUUGAGUUUCCUACGCACGGCGAUGAAACAAAUGUUCCUGUGAAGGUUAGGGGCAAGAGUAAGGAGUGCACUGAAAAGAUUCCUAUGGUGCCACAAGACAGCCCAGCAAUGUGCACAAGAAGGAAAAAAUUUAACUCUGCAAGCCCUUCAAUGAGCACAAGAAGCAAAAGGCGGCUCAGUUUGUGAUUCUCAUGUUUUCCUUAAUGUCAUGGUUACUUUUGGAUGUCCUUUUGUGCUGCUCAUGUGAUGUACUUGUGGACCUGACCUCAUAUGUGAAACAGUAUGUGAUGCAUGCCAACUAGUACUGAUGUAUGUGGUGAAU